CCUCUUGACGGGUUUUUAAUAAGGAGAGAGAGAGAGAGGGCGAAACUGUCUCUCGUGCGAUAGAGGGGAAAACGUUUUUCCUUUUUUUUCGUUCCUUGUCAUUGAAGAUCUACCGUACGGAAUACAAGGGUUGAAAAAUCAUAGUCGUCCGUGCCGUGAGCGCGUUCGAGAAGCCGAAAAGAAAGAGAAAGAGAGAGCGCGAGCGAGUAAACGAGCCAGCAAGCGAGCAGGCGAGAAAGAGAGAGAGAGAGAGAGAGAGAGAGAGAGAGUGGGAGGAAAAGAGAGAGAGAGUGAUAAAGGAAAAGAUGCUCGAUCGUCGUCGGGUCUCGUCGGUUCUCGACGCCUGACGAGGUCGUGCUCAUCGUCUCUACAUCGUUCGUCGGCGAAAAUGAAAGAAGCUCGUCGUCUCUACGAGCAGCUGAUGGCGGCCGAGCGCCGUUCGAGCCUCCUCCGACGUUUCUCGUGUACGCGUUCCUAGUGUGUGAAUGCGUAUUCAAUAUCCUGAAUUCGCGGAGGAAAGUGCCGAGAAUAAAAAAAGAGAGAGAGAUAGAGACGACGCGUGCCGAACGGAAGAUUUAAAAAUACGUUCUGUGUUAAACCGCAUACGUGUGCCGCCUAUGAUUUAGAAACAAAAAGAGAAAGAUAGAGAAGACGAGAGAGAGAGAGAGAAAUAGAGAAAUAGAUAGAGAUAGAGAGGGGAAUAGCAAGAGAGAGAGGAAGAGAGAAAGAGAGAGAAGAAAAGAGAGACGCUUUUCGUGCGGGACAGAGACCGCCCCUGGCUCGCGCGAGCUAUUUCGUAACGGUGCUUCGUAGAGUCAGUCGACAAGCAAGCACGACUGCGCGGUGGAAACCUCGACAUAUAGGAGAGGCAGGGCGUACGUCCGCGUGUGACAACGCCUAACGAGAGAGAGAAAGAGAAAGAAAGAGAAAAACGAGAGCCUCUCCUCGGGACGAGAGAAAGAGAGAGAGAGAGAGAGAGAGAGAGAGAGAGAAUACGACCGACGACGACGACGCACGACGAUACCGACGAAUCGCCAGCGGUGAGCGAGAGGGAGAGACCAAAAACGAGAAAGAGAGAGAGAGAGAGACAGACAGAAAGAAAAGAUUCCUUCCUGGACAGAUUUAGACGUUGAAGUAACGACGUCCACCUCGCCGUCUUCGUCGUCAUCUUGACUUCGCUCGAUGGAUCUAUUCGAGCAGCAACACCCAUAAUCCAUCGACACGUCGACAUCUCGAAAGAAAGAUAUCUUCCUCGCCUCCACCUUCUCCCUCACCAACACCACCGCUACCACCACCCCCUGCACCACCUCCCUCCUCUUCCUUUCCCUGUUCCCCUUCCCACCCUCUUCUCUUCUCUUCUCUCCUCUCGGUGGCACCGCGGACGCGUGCUAUGCACGACCGAAACGCGACCGUCGACCUUCUCUGCCGCAGGAACGCGUGAACAGUAGGUUACCGUGUUCAGGUAUACCACGUGCUCUCGAUUCGCGUUAGUGUAUUGGUUGUACUACCUACGUACUAAUAGUGUGUGCGUGUGCAUGUGAGUGUGUGUGCUCUGCACCGACAUCACCUAGAGAAGCUAGCUCUCAUCAUCCCCUAUAUCUGUUUUUUUCCUUUAUAUCGUGAAAGUGCAGUGAGUCGAUAUCGACGUUAAUUUCCACGCGGAAUGCGGCCUCCUCGAGGUGGACGACGCCAUCGUUUCUAGUCGCCGUCGCCGCAAACGCCGCCACCGGCGUCGUCGUCGUCACAGUCGACGUCGUCCGGGAAAUCGGGGCACGAAACAUUAACUACACCCGUUCAAGACGACGAGUUCACCCUAGAGAUACGUAGAGUGCCUCCGAGUUCAAUUCCCAACAUGUCGUCAGGGACUUUCGUCGAUCGGAUAGAUCCCUUCACUAAGCGAUCGCUUAAGAAGAAAUCUAAGAAGUCCCAGAGUUCCUCGCGAUACAGAAACUCACAGGACGUCGAGCUCCAACAGCUACCACAGCUCAAAGAUGUUACGCCUUCGGAGCAAGAAGAUUUGUUUAUUAGAAAACUUCGACAAUGCUGUGUGGCGUUCGAUUUUAUGGACCCAAUGGCGGAUCUCAAGGGGAAAGAAAUUAAACGCAGUACCCUCAACGAAUUGGUGGAAUACAUCACGGCUGGACGGGGCGUUCUUACCGAACCUGUUUACCCAGAAAUUAUUAAGAUGAUAUCAGCGAACCUUUUCCGUACGUUGCCACCUAGUGAAAAUCCAGAUUUUGAUCCGGAGGAAGAUGAUCCAACAUUGGAGGCGAGCUGGCCCCACCUUCAGUUGGUUUACGAAUUCUUUCUUCGCUUUCUCGAGUCUUCAGACUUCCAACCUACCAUUGGCAAGAAAGUCAUUGACCAAAAAUUUGUUUUACAAUUAUUGGAAUUAUUCGACUCGGAAGAUCCUAGGGAAAGAGACUUUCUUAAGACCGUUUUGCAUCGUAUUUAUGGCAAGUUCCUCGGUCUUCGAGCGUUCAUACGCAAACAAAUUAACAACAUUUUUCUGAGGUUCGUCUAUGAGACGGAACACUUUAAUGGAGUUGGUGAGCUUCUAGAAAUUUUGGGUAGCAUCAUUAAUGGAUUUGCUCUACCUUUAAAGGUAGAGCACAAACAAUUCUUGAUAAAGGUGUUAUUACCAUUACACAAAGUGAAGUGUUUAUCGCUCUAUCAUGCACAGUUAGCUUAUUGUGUUGUACAAUUCUUGGAGAAAGACGCAACCUUAACGGAACCAGUUGUACGAGGCCUCCUUAAAUUCUGGCCUAAAACGUGCAGCCAGAAGGAGGUAAUGUUCCUUGGUGAGAUUGAGGAAAUACUUGAUGUCAUAGAACCUAGCCAAUUUGUUAAAAUCCAAGAGCCUUUAUUUAGGCAAAUCGCACGUUGCGUAUCCUCGCCGCAUUUCCAGGUCGCAGAGAGAGCAUUGUAUUUCUGGAAUAAUGAGUAUAUAAUGUCGUUGAUAGAGGAAAACAAUCAUGUAAUAAUGGCGAUCAUGUUCCCCGCAUUGUAUAAAAUUAGCAAGGAGCAUUGGAAUCAGACAAUUGUAGCACUUGUUUAUAAUGUACUCAAAACGUUUAUGGAAAUGAACAGCAAGCAAUUUGAUGAACUUACUGCCAGCUAUAAGUCUGAAAGGCAAAGAGAAAAGAAAAAGGAGAAAGAGAGAGAGGAAUUAUGGAAAAAAUUAAACGAACUCGAAAUAGAACGACGCGGCGGUGCACUAACAGAAACAUCCAACAAUUCUGUUCCUGCCACGACUGCACCUGCGACGCGAACCCGCCCCUGAGCUAGUGGACAUACACUAUUACGCUGCCCAAUUAUUAGUCUUUAGUUUACGUCGAUUGUCCAUACACUACAAGCAAGAAAUUAUCGUUGUUAGAAAGAAAGAGACAGAAAGAAAAAGGGAAGAGAAAGUGAAAGAAAACAAAUAUCUUAUUAUGGUAUUUCUGACGUAAAAUACAAUUUCUUUCGUUAGAGUCGUGCUCGGAAGACAAAAUGGAGUUCGUAUAAAAAUUAAAAAUAAAUAAAUAAAUAAAUAAAUAAAAGGAAGAAGGAAAGAAUAAGAAGAGAAGGAGAAGGAAAA